GUGUUACAAAUAACGUUUUCAGGAAGUUAAGUUGUCUCUCACAGCUCAGACUGAAACAGAGCCGGCAUGGCGGAGGUGUGAAAGCACCGGGGUUAGAGACACAGCCGAGGCUCCAGGAUCACAGAAACACGGGAUCACAGGAAAAAGGAGAGAGUGAAGAGAGUAGAAAAAUGCCUCGGUCUUUCUUGGUGAAGAGCAAAAAGGCUCACAGUUACCACCAGCCGCGGAGUUUAGAGGACAACUACAGCAGACUCGAUACGAUUUUAGCUCAUAUCUGCACAGACAGUAGCAGUGCAGAAGGCGGAGAGGUGUGUGUGGAUGUUAGGAGUACAGCGGCGGCGGAAGUGUUAGCGCUCGCGGACUCCGGCGCUGUGCUCUCGCGCUCUCCGCUCAGCUGCAGCAGCGGUGUGUGUGAUCGCUCUUCAGACUGUGAGGACAGCUGGAGGCCUCCAUCACCCUCUGCAUCACCAGACUCUGAAAAGUCAUUUUCAUCCGGUGUUGAUGAAACCCAGCCGUUUGCGGUGCCCUUCGAGCCAUGGAGCAACAGCUAUUCAGGCUCUGAGAUGAGACAGCUGGUCCGGCAGAACUUUAAUCAUCAUCAUCCUUCCCUAAAUUAUUAUGGAGAAAGAGUUAUCGGACCUUCUCUUUUUGGUGAAAGGGGAUCCAGCACAAGUAUUUAUGGCAAUUAUGAGUCGAGUACAAACCUAUUUGAGCGGCCUGCUGCUGCCCCUGGACUGUACGUAGACAGGGAAAUUCACAGACCCAAGAUGAAAACGGACACAGCUGGACUAUGCACUCGCCUUAUGUUGAAUGGAGCCUUCAAGUGCAUCAAGUGCAGCAAGGUGUUCUCCACUCCACAUGGUCUAGAAGUUCACGUCCGGAGGUCCCACAGUGGAACGAGACCCUUCGGUUGUGACAUUUGUGGGAAAACUUUCGGACAUGCAGUCAGCCUGGAACAGCACAGAUCUGUUCAUUCUCAGGUAACUGUUGUUCAAUUCACCAAAAUCUGUCACUCACAGCAUGCAGGCCCAAAGACUGAACUGUUUCAGUGUUUAUUUUAUUGUAUUUUUACAUUAUGUGGCAUCUUGUUUUCACAGGAGAGGAGUUUUGAUUGUAAAAUUUGUGGGAAAACUUUCAAAAGAUCCUCUACUCUAUCCACGCACCUUCUCAUUCACUCUGAUACAAGGCCUUACCCGUGCCAAUACUGCGGCAAGAGGUUUCAUCAGAAAUCAGACAUGAAGAAACACACGUUUAUUCACACAGGAGAGAAGCCUCACAAAUGUCAAGUAUGCGGCAAAGCUUUCAGUCAGAGUUCAAAUUUGAUAACACACAGCCGAAAACACACUGGUUUUAAACCAUUCGGCUGUGACUUGUGUGGAAAAGGCUUUCAGCGUAAAGUGGACUUGAGGAGACACAAGGAGACACAACACGGACUGAAAUGAGGGAUGAAUCAGCUUCUAGAAAGUUUUCUGUCAACAUCUCUGGACAGUUGGUUUCCUUUAUCAGUGGUGGCUUACAUCAUGGCAAAAUCUCCGCGGUCGGUUAAAUUAAAGUAGGCCUAACUGCUCUAUUAUUGGAAACUAGUGUAGCCUGCAACUUACAUGACCACAUUAGCAUGAAGUUACUCAACACCUUAGUUUUGAUCCAUUUAGCUCCUGUUAACCCUAUACAGAAUCUAUGUGUCCAUCCAGCGUAUAGUAUACUGUACACUCUCAAAAAUAAAGGUACCAAAUUGUAUGUUUA